AUCUUUCUUCUCAUCCACAACAUGUGGUUCAGCUUCUACAUAUCCCAGUCACUCUAGUGAUAUUGGCAACUUAUUUGUGGCUUCUAUGAACUAUAUUCUUCCAGCUUUUAAUGCACUUCUAGUUCAUCUAUGGCUCUUCCUCAGGGUGCUCCAUCUCCAUUAAAUAAGCCACCCUCUGCAUCUUCAUCUUCCACAGGAGCAAUCUUCAACAUCCUGCCGCAAACAAAAUCGGUUCAGUUAAAUGAAAUCGGUAGAAGGUGUAUUCUACCAAUGCUUGUUUUUGCGACGGCGCUCCCUGACGUGAAUGAAUCAAAGAAGGCUCUCCUUCAAGAGUUUCUGAAGAGGUCAAAAGAAAACAAAGAAAAAAAUGAUAAGCAGAGGCUCGAGGAUUACUACAAGAGGAACUACAAGGAUUACUUUGGGCUCAUUGAAGGUUCAGUAAAAGGCAAGAAAGAGGAGCUGCUUUCUGAGACUGAGAAGGGCAUCCUUGAUUGGCUGGAAAAGAACAGGAAGUGAAUUACUUUGUUUAUGGUUCUUCUGCAUGCUCCAUGUGAAGUAGGAUUUAUUAACAAAAUGUUCAUUGAAUCAGUAAGACAUCUUCUCAUUAUUCAUGUACAUAUAUGCUCAAAAACAAAAUCUGCUCUGGAAAUUCAAGAUCA